AUGGAGUUACAGUCUAUGGGCCAGCAAGAAUUUCCCAUGGAACCCUGGGAAGAGAUUACUGAUGACUCUGGAGAUGUUGAUGGUUCACCUGGGAUCUCGGACUCUGACCAACCCCCUUGCACAUUAAACGUCAGCUUCGUGAGGCACAAAGCCCCCUGGAUUAACCUCCACUGUGUGCAGCCGCAGUUGCAGGAUUUACACCUCCCAGUGGCAACAGUGGGGAAGGAUGGGAGCCACUUUGUGGCUGAUACCACCUUUCCCUCAGGCCCUUCACCAUCAUCCCCUGGGGACUCCCUGACAGAGACAGCAUUGUUGGAGGACACUCCUCAGCAUGCCCGUGACUCCUGUGAGAAGAGUAGAGACUUGCCUUUGAGCUCAGUGGAAAAGCAGGCUGUGCUCUCAGGAAGCUCUCUUUGGGGGUCUCAGUUCACCAGCUCUAAGAUUUUGGCCCCUUCCCCAUGUCCUGAGGCUGACAGUACUUUAAUUGUGCCUUCCCACCUAACAGCUUCCACUGGUGAAGGUGCUGUUCAAGUCAACGGAAGAACCAUUUCUAUGAAUUCCUUCUUACCAGAGGCAUUUGUGCUCCCUAUCGAUGUAGAAAAGGAAAAUGCACACUUUUAUGUUGCAGAUAUGAUUAUAUCAGCAAUGGAGAAAAUGAAGUAUAAUCUCCUGAGCCAACAGCAGACAGAGAACUGGAGUGUAAACGAAGACAGUGUGUCACUUGGGAAUGAUCAGGUUGACCUGGAAGUGACCUUUUAUGACAACAUAAAGCAAGAAUCUGGGUCUUCCAUUGCUUCAGACAGUGGUUGUGAAGGUUGUGCUGUGUUAAAGGUCAGCCCAGUGGCUGAAACACCUACUGACUAUAAUAUGGUAAAGAAGACCUGCAAAUGUGACUUUGAUGAAUUUGUCAUUUUAGAACUUGGAGAGUUUGAUGAUGUCACAGAAACCUGUGGAUGUUCCUACAGCUCCUCCAAGAGUGGUGUUUGUGAGCCAGACUUCAACUCUGCUGAACUAAUAGCCAAAGAACUAUACCAAGUUUUCCGGAAGUGCUGGAUAUCAUCAGAUGUUAAUUAUCAGCUGGCAAGUUCCUUGAGUGCCACUGGCUCCAUAGUUGUAAAUGAAGAGCAUCAUCGCAAACAGUUUGAAUCAGGUAUGGAUAUAGUACAGGAAAUUAAAUUCAAGUCUCGGAUCAGAGGGACUGAAGACUGGGCUCCACCUCGAUUUCAAAUCAUAUUUAAUGUUCAUCCACCACUCAAGAGGGACCUCGUGGUGGCAGGCCAGAAUUUUUUCUGUGCUGGCUGUGGCACUCCAGUAGAACCUAAGUUUGUGAAGCGGCUCCGCUACUGCGAGUAUCUGGGGAAGUAUUUCUGUGACUGCUGCCACUCAUACGCGGAGUCCUGCAUCCCUGCCCGCAUCCUGAUGACGUGGGACUUCCGGAAGUACUACGUCAGCAAUUUCUCCAAAAGGCUGCUGGACAGCAUAUGGCACCAGCCCAUUUUCAAUGUGCUGACAAUCAGCCACAGCCUCUAUGCGAAAGCCAAGGAAUUGGACCGAGUGAGGGAAAUGCAGGAGAAGCUUUUUCAUAUCAAGAAGUUGUUACGGACCUGCAGGUUUGCUGAAAGCACAUUAAAGGAGUUUGAGCGGGUGCCAAGACAUUUGACUGAUGAACUUCACCUGUUUUCCUUGGACGACUUGAUCAGGAUCAAGAGAGGGCUACUGGCGCCGCUGCUGAAGGAGCUUUUGAAAGCUUCCCUCCUGCAUGUGGCCGGCUGUGAGCUCUGUCAAGGAAGGGGCUUCAUUUGUGAAUUUUGCCAGAGCACAGCUGUCAUCUUCCCCUUUCAGACUGCAACGUGUAGAAGAUGUUCAGCAUGCAGAGCUUGUUUUCACAAGCAGUGCUUCCAGUCCUCUGAGUGCCCCCGGUGUGCGAGGAUCACGGCGAGGAGAAGAGUCACGGAAAGUUUGCCCUCCACAGCAACGUGA